AUGCAGUCUGAAGGAGCUUCCGCCGGUCGCUACUCAAGAUACCAAGGCCCGUCGUGGGAUGGACAAACGCAAUCGGCUACGCCGGAUGAUGGUUUAUACCACCCGGGUCAGACAGCGUCAGGGGACCAACAUGCACAAACAUCUGCAACAGGGAAUGGUCUCUCUUACUCUGGUCAGGGUGCCGCCCUGGAGGCCAAGGGACGAAUGCAUGGUCGCAAGGGUACGACGUCGGGUGGUAGCGUUCAGAAUCCAGGACCGGCCUCGGUUUCAGGACAACAACCACAAGCCAGUACGACGACGAGCGGCCUGCAGGCGACCCAAUCAACAUCGACGACACAACUUGCGCAGACACCGACGCCAACUGCCAGUCUCUACCUCGAGGGACAGAAUACUGGGGGAAAUAGAAACGGAGGGCAGCUGGCAGCAGAUGGUAGCCCCUCUCAGGCCGGAGUAGCUACUCCAGACGAUGGGCUCUAUCAUCCAGAGCACGCAAAUGCGAAUGGUCAAGGGGCACAACAAUGGACACCGAGUGACGGUCUCUAUCAUCCUGAUGGAUGGAAUCCUGGCUCGGUGACCAACCCUACAUCAACAAACUCUCGUCCUGAUGGGACGGGAACGCAGCUAUCGUCGCCGUCCCCAACCUCCAGUAUCACAAGUAAGCCGACAGCUACCAAUGAUUCUUCUAGCUCAAAUACGACCAAUCCAAACGCUGCUACGAAGAUUGCAGUCCCUGUUAGUGUCGGAGUCGUUGCGGCGGCAAUGGUAGGUGUUAUCCUGUGGUGGCUGUAUAGAAAGUCACAGGCUGCAAAGGCGGCAAGGAAGCGGAACAGCUCGUUGGAAGAAGGAGAUUAUAUGAAAGAUGACGGACCGUCGCUCCUCGAGAGGAGUGUGGCCGCAUUAGGCGGAUAUAGCUUGUUCAAGCCCUCCUGGAAACGGACUCGUGUCGCUAGUCAUUCAUCCAUGCGCAGCGGUGAAAGUUCAUGCAAUAAAUAUGGAGAUCACGUUGAAUGGAACGAGUCUCGUGCACCAGGUGAGGCGAACCUCUACGACCUCGAGAAGCUACAACCUCCUGAGAAUACUGCUUCUACGGAGGUGUUGGCCCCCGAGGGCCCCCGAGACAGGGAUAUAACAAAACCAACCCCUACGCUGAGAGUUGAGACCUCCAGUAUAUCAACAUCAACACGAGUUUGCACACCACCAUCGCUACCUGAACCCAGUCCCCCAAUUACACCAGUCGACUCGAAGGCUGCGAUGGGAGAGGUAUUUUCGGUAGAGAUAAAGCUCAAACAGGGUCAAACUGUUACAGUCUCGAAGGUUUAUGAUGACGGUUGGCAAAGCAGAAGGUUUAGCGCCACGAGCGUACUUGUCAGCAUCGCCUCUUAA